AUGCGUGCCUUGUUCUUGUUACUCAGCUCAAUGAUUGCCCGAUUGCUAGCCGAACAUGGUUUUUGCGUAGACUAUAUCAAAUGUAUGGAAAUUCUCGAGGAAAAGCAACGACACUGUUUGACAUUGGAAGAGAAUUUGAGACUCCGUCAAUCAACCUCGUGCUCUCGUCGACGAUGGGAGAUCAAAUUAGAGCUAAAUGGACUGCAUAUGCGAAGAGCUGAGCUGGCUCGCGAUUGUGUGCAAAAAUCGAUAGAUAUCGCUGAAGAGGGAGAGAAAACUUUGGAUAGGGAUACGCUAGAGAAAUGCGAAUCUCUAUCGAGAAAGUUCUUCUUUGCACCGGGAGUCGGCCGGACGAGCGCUUCGAUAAAGGAGAGGAAGAAAAGAUCGGCUUCGAAAAAGAAGGCGUUUAACAACUCGCGAAAAUCCCGUGCAGCUGAUUGCCGAAUUGAGACAAAACAAUGGCACAAACAGUGCUCGGCAUUGGCUAGAUGUUGCCCACAGACGCAGGAAUGUAAAGCGGUGACUCUCUCGAUCAUGGACCAAAUCAACGACGAACGGGCAAAGUUGCAAUCGCUUAAAGAUGAGUGU